GUUCUAGGUGAAAGAACAGCAACCGUCUCAGAGGUCCCUGACUAAAAUGAAGACCUCAUGCAGUCUUGUAUUGGCCAUAAUUUUCGCCAUAUUUGUUAUAGGUAGGUUUAUCUAUAGAUUUGUAUUAUUGAUUUAAGAUUUAAAUCUAAUAAUUUGAAAUGUAUUCAUCAUUAAUUCUGCAGCUCUUUGUAUCAACUUUGUAACUCUCUGAUCUAAAAAUCUAUGUCGAUAGACAAGCACUCAUCACUUUCAGAAUCACAUUUCUUUGAAAGAUAUCGCAUAAAUCAUUUUGCGGUGAAGAUUAAAAGAAAAAAUUUCAGUUUUUAACUGAGAUCAAAACCUCGGAUACAAAGCGUAAACAAUCGGUUGUCACAAAUAUUUCAGACUAAAUAGGCGUCUACAAAAUUAUCGAAUGAAAGCAAUUGAUAAAUUUAAGUCUAGUCUUACAUGCCAUCUAGCCAAAAACCCUCUUAAAAAAUCGCUUUCUGGUCACGAGAUUUUCAAAAAAUUUUCAAUUUCUUAAUUUCAUACGUGGAAUAAUAUGUUCGUCUUUUACUCUGCUGUCGAUAUGGAUUCAGCUGGGCCGAUAGAUCAUCGUUAAGUUCUCCAAGUGAACAUUUAGCAUUGAAUACUUUUCAUGUCAGCAGCAAACGAGAAAGAUUCGGCCUGUUGUAAAUUUAAAGGAAAUGGUAAAUAUUACUUUGCUUCUUGAUACCAAUUCUGGUUAGGGCUUUGAAGCAUUAUCCUCAAUUUCUCACAAAUGACAAAAUUUCUAUGCAUAACAUUGUGAAUUGGUUUUAUCAGCAGUUUUUCUGUUCACGAAUUAUGAUAGAAAGAUAUGUUCAUCCAGUCAUGAAGCACAAUGGCAAGUUAGAGGAAAGCUUCCAACAGAAACCUUGUGAUUUUCCUCGCCACUAUUUGAAAGGACACAUACAGUGUUGAGAUUUGACGUGUUUUGAGAUUCGAAAGAGUAACCUGACUUUUCAACAAUUGUCUUUAAUGUGUCGGAGAUUCUGAAACUUGCUUAGCAACCUGGCCGCCAACCUCUGGGGUCUGAAGUCAAUUUAUCUCAUUUUUUCCGUUUUUUUUUAUCUUUUUGAACAAUUAGGAGAUAGACAGGGUGGAAUUCUCAACCCAAGAAAUGAAUAUAUUGUAGGUGGCGUAUAGCGUUGUAAACAAAGCUGAGAAAAAAGAAAGAAAGUAAAAAUAGAAAGCGGCUUUCUGCGAGCUCUGCAUUCAGGUUUCGUUGCGGCCAGGUUACUAAGUUUUGUAAAAAUCCUUUGUAAAAUGGAGGUCACAGUCGAUUAUAGCACAUUCCAAGACCAUAUUCGAACAGCUAGGCAACUCUGAAAUUUCCAACCGUAACAGUAACUUUGUAUAUUUACUUUUCAAUGAUAAAGAUAUGAAGCAUUCCUCUCAGUUAAAUAACGGUAUUACGGAAUGAGUAUGCGCAACUUGAAGUUAUUUGACUGCUCUAAAUUAAAUUUUGCAGAUACGAACAUACUCUUUAGCUCGUAAUCUUUCAUAUGUCGAUGAACGAAUUUGUUUCAUAAGCUUGUAGUUACAUAGGUAAAAUGGACAAAGUUUAUGAGAGAUUUUCAUUUCGUUCCUCAUACUAGGUUAUACAAAAGGGCGGCCAGAUUUCUGCAACCUUGACGCCGAAGGUGGUCGUUGUAUGGCAUACCUGAGGAGGUAUUACUUCGACCAAAAUGCUGGUACCUGCAAAGAAUUUAUCUAUGGCGGCUGUGAAGGCAACAGCAACAAUUUUGAGUCACUGGCAGAUUGUCAAAACACUUGUGGAAUGAAGGAAACUCUGCGCUAAAGAUGAAAUAAGUUAAGCUUCAUUGUGUAAAACGCUUUCUCCAUCAAGCCUUCGAUGCCAUUUUGUUCAGUUUUCAGACAUAUGUACCGUAGAACCGAGAUUACGAAAAGAAGUAUUUUAUCAGGACGGUAAACUUUGUUGAAGACUCAAGUAGUAUUGAUAAUAAUAUAGAUAAAUAAAAUGUUGAAUCAUCGUGG